CUCCCACUUAGUGGUGUGUUCAUCACAGUUUACAAUUGUAAGUUGAUAUAUUUUUGUACAUCAAUUUAUAUUUAUUUUUAAGUAUGGAAGAGGGAAGAGCCCGAGGAAGGGCUAGGGGCAGAGCUAGACAGGACCCUAAGAAAACAGAGGUGACCCAUAAUGUGAUUGAAGCAAGAGGAGUUAGAUCCAAGCCAUUGCAAGCUCCUCCAACAGUAGCAUCUGUGACUGGUGAUAUGAAACAGCUUUCAGUUACACCAAGAAGAACUGUUGGAAGAAAAAUGAUGGACAAACUGGACUAUGUUUCUAUUAGGUCGAGGCCUAAAGAACUUGUAACAAAGCAAGGAUCUACAGGACAGAAAGUCAAACUACAAGCCAAUUAUUUUAAGCUAGAAACACAUCCUGAUUGGGCCUUGUACCAGUACAGAGUUGAUUUUUCACCUGAAGAAGAAAGAACUGCCGUCAAAAAGGCUCUACUCAAACCCCAUAAAGAUAUUUUUAACUGUGCAUAUCUGUUUGAUGGUACUGUGUUGUAUGUAUGUAAUCGUUUAAAAACUGAUCCUAUAGAACUUUUUUCUCUCAGGGAUACAGAUCGAAAGAAGAUUAGAAUUACCAUAAAAUUUGUGGGAGAUGUGGUUAUGGGAGAUUAUCAGUAUCUCCAAGUUUUUAAUAUUAUUAUGCGCAAGUGCCUUGACAAUCUAAAAUUACAAAUGGUUGGCCGAAAUUUUUUUGAUGCCAAAGCAAGAAUUGAAAUUCGUGAAUAUAGGAUGGAGCUUUGGCCAGGUUAUUUAACCUCCAUUCGGCAAUGUGAGGAUCACAUCCUCAUGAAUGCAGAAAUAACAUACAAAGUAAUGCGUUGCGAGACUGUUUUUGAUUUAAUUGUUAAAUGCAGGUCGUCUGAAGAUUGGGAAAAAACCUUUGAGAAUGCAAUCAUAGGUACCAUUGUGUUAACCGAUUACAAUAAUCGUACAUAUCGGAUUGAUGAUGUUAAUUUUAGUUGUACACCCAUGUCAAAAUUUAAAAUUAAGAACGGUGAAUCAUCUACUUACUGUGAAUACUACAAAACACGAUAUGGAAUUAGGAUUAGGGAGCCAAAUCAACCUAUGCUGGUUUCUAAAGCAAAACCUAGAGAAGUCCGUGCAGGUAUGACGGAAAUCAUCUAUUUGGUUCCAGAAUUGUGCCGAUUGACAGGAUUAACUGAUGACAUGCGCACUAACUUCCAGCUCAUGAGAGCGCUUGCUGAGCAUACUAGAGUUACUCCAAAACUUAGAAUUGAGAAAUUGUUGAAAUUUAAUCAUAGAUUAAAAGAGAGUAAAGAAAUCACUAAAGAUUUGGAUUCAUGGAACAUGAAGUUAGCAGAGUCAUUGAUAACAUUUGACGGGCGGGUCCUUCCCAUGGAAAAAAUUUACUUUGGAGAUAAUAGGACAGUUACUGCAGGUAAUGAUGCAGAUUGGACCCGAAGUAUGCGAGAUCAUUCUAUGCUUACUAGUGGAAAUUUCAAAUCCUGGUCUAUUGUUUAUUUAGGAAGAACAAAGAGUGAAGUAAACAGCUUUAUUCACACUCUUGCAAAGGCAGCAGAGAGUUUGAACUUUCGUGUCCCUACACCAAGAAUGACUGAAGUUGUAAAUGACAGGUGUGGUAGUUAUGUCGAAGCAUUAGAUUCUGUGAUUUCUAUGCAUAAUCCUCAGUUAAUACUUUGUAUUGUUCCUAACAGCAGAGCUGACAGGUAUGCAGCUAUCAAAAAGAAAUGUUGUGUCGAUCGAGCAGUCCCUACCCAAGUUGUAGUGGCAAAACAUUUCAACUCCAAAAAUCUCAUGGCAAUUUCCACUAAAAUAGCCAUUCAAAUAAAUUGUAAACUUGGUGGUAUACCUUGGACUAUCGCGAAUCCACUAAAAGGGUUAAUGGUGGUGGGAUAUGAUGUUUGUCAUGAUGCUUCCCGAAAAGAUAUGUCUUAUGGAGCAAUGGUGGCGUCGUUGAAUCCUUCCCUUUCAAGAUACUACUCAUCUGUGACUCCUCAUUCUCAUGGAGAAGAACUAUCUAAUGAUUUAGCGAUGAAUAUCUUCAAAGCUAUUAUUCGUUAUAAAGAAAACAAUGAUGGCGGAAUUCCUUCAAUGAUAAUAAUUUAUCGAGAUGGAGUAGGAGAAGGUCAAAUACCGUUUGUUUAUAAUCAUGAAGUAAGAAUUGUAAAAGAACGACUGUCUGAAAUUUAUAAAGAUAAACCUCCCAAGUUAGGAUUUGUGAUAGUUACUAAGAGACUCAAUACUAGGCUAUUCCUCAAUGGCAGUAAUGCUACCCCUGGUACAGUCGCUGAUGAUUGCAUCACUUCCCCAGACCGCUACGAUUUCUUCCUCGUAUCUCAAUCUGUACGUCAAGGUACUGUGAGUCCCACAUCAUAUAAUGUAAUUGAUGAUUCAACAGGUCUAGAUGCAGACAAAAUGCAACGGCUCGCUUACAAAAUGACUCAUUUAUACUACAACUGGAGUGGAACAGUGAGAGUUCCUGCUCAAUGUCAAUAUGCACAUAAAUUAGCUUUUCUCGUUAGUCAAUGUUUACACAGAGCCCCAAAUCCUGAUCUUGAUGAUCUAUUGUAUUUUCUUUAAAAUUUAUUUAAUUAAGAAUCAAUAUUUCCAAUGUACUUGUUUUUAGCUAAGUUAUUUUAAACUUUAAUAUUAUUUAUUUUAUUUUUAUUCCUAUUUGAAUGAUCUAAUUGAGAUAAGAAUUAUCUUAACUAAAUAUUUUAGCCUUAUUGGUUUUUAAAAGGAGAUUGAUGUUCUACAGUUCUUUUACAGUUACAUAUUUGAAUACCAUAAUUUUUAUUUUCGAUGAUGAAAAGAAUUAUCUUUGUUUUACAGACAUUUGCAACAUAACAUGCAAGUACAAAACUAAAUAAUCUUUGUUAGUUUAUAACU